ACGCGCGGCUCCGCGGGAGAUCCCCGGAGCUCCGCGUUCGUCAUGCGUGACUACGAUGAGGCCACCGCCUUCCUGGGCGAAUGGGGACGCUUCCAACGCCUCGUCUUCUUUCUGCUCAGCGCCAGCAUCAUUCCCAAUGGCUUCAAUGGGAUGUCGGUCGUGUUCCUGGCCGGCACGCCCGAGCACCGGUGCGUCGUGCCCCGCGGGGCCAACCUGAGCGGCGAGUGGCGCAACGCCAGCAUCCCGCUGGAGCUGCGGGGCGGGCAGGAGGCGCCGAGCCGCUGCCGCCGCUACCGCCUGGCCGCGCUCGCCAACUUCUCGGCGCUGGGGCUGCGACCCGGCUCCGACGUGGAGCUGGAGGCGCUGGAGCAGGAGCCGUGCCUGGACGGCUGGGAGUACAGCCGCGAUGUCUAUCACUCCACCAUCGUCACCGAGUGGAAUCUCGUAUGUGCCAACGACUGGAAGGGACCCCUGAGCACCUCCCUGUUCUUUGUGGGUGUCCUGCUGGGAUCUUUCAUCUCAGGACAGCUCUCAGACAAGUUUGGCAGGAAGAAUGUGCUGUUUGCAACUCUGGCAAUGCAGACUGGCUUCAGUUUCAUGCAGGUCUUCUCUACCAGCUGGGAGAUGUUUUCAGUGUUGUUUGUGCUGGUUGGCAUGGGACAGAUAUCUAACUACGUGGCAGCAUUUGUUCUUGGCACAGAAAUCCUUGGCAAAUCAAUCCGUGUGCUGUUCUGCACCCUGGGUGUGUGCAUCUUUUACGCAUUUGGUUACAUGUUGCUGCCUCUGUUUGCUUUCUUCAUCCGGGACUGGCGAAUGCUGCUGCUGGCACUCACCCUGCCUGGGCUGCUCUUCAUCCCACUCUGGUGGAUCAUUCCAGAGUCUCCUCGGUGGUUGAUCUCCCAGGGGAGGUUUCAGGAGGCAGAAGACAUAAUCCGAAAAGCUGCAAAAACUAAUGGCAUUACAGCCCCAGAUGUAAUACUUGACCCUAGUGAGCUACAAGAUGUGAAUUCCCAGAAGCAGCAGACAUACACCAUUUUGGAUCUAAUGAAAACCCGAAAUAUCCUAACUAUCACAAUUAUGUCAGUGCUUCUUUGGAUGAUAAUCUCAGUGGGCUAUUUUGGACUUUCUCUUGACACACCUAACUUGCACGGAGACGUAUAUGUGAACUGCUUCCUGUCAGCAGUGAUUGAAGUCCCAGCCUACAUAAUUUCCUGGCUGCUGCUUCGCAGCUUCCCCCGGCGGUACUCAAUGGCUGCUGCACUGUUCUUGGGAGGCUGUGUUCUUCUCUUCAUUCAGCUGGUGCCUUCACAUAUCCGUUUGCUGUCCAUUUUCCUGGUGAUGUUGGGGAAGUUUGGAAUCACUUCUGCCUUCUCAAUGGUUUAUGUUUACACGGCUGAGCUCUACCCAACAGUAGUAAGAAACAUGGGAGUUGGAGCAAGUUCCAUGGCCUCCAGACUGGGCAGCAUCCUCUCCCCUUACUUUGUUUACCUUGGUGCCUAUGAUCGAUUCUUGCCUUACAUCCUGAUGGGGAGCCUGACUGUGCUGUCAGGAAUUCUCACACUAUUUCUGCCUGAAAGCUAUGGUAUGCCUCUUCCUGACACCAUUGAUCAAAUGCUACGGGUGAAAGGAUUAGAAUACAGGCCUCCAUCUAGUAGCACAAGGGAUUCCAAGGAGGAAGAAGAAAAUCCAGAGAUUUUUAAAAGCACAACUUUUUGAUGGAACUCCUCUGUAUUUCCUGGUGGACUGAAAGUUAAAUGGACUUUUCUACUAAAAUUUAUUCUAAAAAGGGCUAGUGGUAACACUUUAUUUUCUGUAAUUUUAACCUUAUUUAUUAAUUUAAACACCAUGUUCCUUACAUUCUCUUUUUAUAUGAACAUAAAUACUCUGUAGCCUUCAAUGAGACUUUUUAGCCACGGUUGUGUUCGUGCAGUAGUACAAUGGAGCAAAAUCUGAUCAAUCCUUUGUAACUUUACACCUAUAGUUCAGCUGAAAGAUACUUGAAAAUGAUUUCAAGGGCUGGCAGGGCGCCUGGAUUCUUCAGUGAACCUCCUCCAGAGCUAAUGCUUACAUCGAGAGGUAAAAAUUGCCUGAAAAAAUUGUUCAUUGCUUUUGGUUCCUUGACUUCUGUUUCUGGACAGGAAACUUAUUUAUUAUAGUGAAGGUUUAUGAGAAUGUGCCUCUCUGUGAUCUUACUCAAAUGACUUUGCCUGUGCUGAAUUUGUUACCAAAUUGAGAAAGAUACAAAGAUAGAUUUUGAGAAUUAAUUCUAACCUGAUAUGUUUUAACUCAGCAUAGACUGAAAGGAUUGUCUUGCAUAAAAUAUUUAGCACUGAAAUUUUGUUCACAAAGUUACCUUGAUUCCAAUGCUGGAUUUCAACUGUACCUUCUUGGUGAAGUUGUUUACAUCUGACCUUGGGGUUGCCUUUCUUUGGGCUGGAUUUAUUCUAAGUAAUGUAAAUGGUUUCACCUACGUGUAAGGGAGAGGUGUUAGUCUGGGAUUCUCCCUUUUCAAUGUGUGGUGAAAGUUUAAUGUGUAAAUUGUUUUAAUGUUUUCUGUGCAAUUUAUAUGAUGGAAACAAUUCUCCUGUCUUUGUUCUGUGUUUUUCCCACUCAUGUACACAUGCACAUAAUUAAUAUAUUUAAUUGUAAAUUUUUAUGUUAAUCAUGCCACUGCAUUUGACUUCAUGGUGGAAUGUACUGAGAACAAAAAUCAGAAUGUAUCUCUGACCACUGGUUCUCUAUCUUCACUUGUCAACUAGAUGAUUGCUGUGAGGUCUGUUCAUUCGAAGUUUCACUUAACUUAUGUAAUUAGUGAAUUGCUUUAAAAUUGUUUUUUAAAACCCACAGAUCUUGUUGACAGUCUGCCAAGAAACUGUUCCUUGUGCUAUGGAAGUCUGGUAUUACCUGUGUUUCUUUAAAUAUACAGUAUAUAUGUACACAGUCUCAUUUGUGCUAUGCUGGUUACAGUGUGGCGAAUGUGAGUGGUGAAAGGUUUCUCUCUAAUGGCACUUGUGGUUUGUUCUGUCUCCUUAAAUUUAGACAAUAAUAAUAAACAGCCUAAAUCUUUGUAGCCUAACCUCUCAGGGUUCUUACUCUACUGCAGAAGCUGGUUGGAGAAGUUUUGCAUUUUCCUAUGGGGUUUAAAUAUACUGGCUGAUUCUAGUCUUUCACUAAUUGAUAUCCCAAAUUCUGAUCUUGGUACCUCCAGCAAUGGGACUGAUGUGUACCUUGAACUGUUUGUCACAGGAAGAAAGUAGAAAAUGCUGUAUAGACUAUAAUUUUUUCCUAACAGUGUCUGAAGCUCCUGGGUUUGCUUCACUUUUCCUGCAUUUUCUCACCUCUUUAUUUAGGAUUUUAAUUUAUGAAUGCAGGAGGGAGCUGACCAAUGUCACCGGGUCAGAGAAUGACACCGACAAACAGUGUUGUCAGCUUUUCCAAGGAAAGAAAUCCAAAGCUUAGGGCAGGUUCAGUGUGACUCCUGGUUAGUAGGCUGACAAGCCCUGAGCAGGCAGGUUCAGAAUGCAGUGUGUGAUUUGAGGCUACUGCCAAAAUUGAGAAUCUGUAUUUCACAAGCCUCACUGCACAUCACAGAGCAGCCUUUACAUGAGCAAAUACAGGAGUGCAUGUAACAGCCAGUCCCCCUUGCCCAAAAACAUGACCUGAUUUGUUAGGCUUACAGCUGUUUUGAAAUACUCAUUGCAAAUAUAAGAGUAUGUUGUAAAAUACAGUACAGAUAAUUUUCUCUGUAAACCUUAUGUUUAGGAACUGGAACAUUGAGAAGCAGCUUUUUUUGUGUGUGUUGCAGAAGAAUGAUCUGAUAACCACAAGAAUCUGAGGCAAAACACAUUUAGCUGCAACUUCCUCGUAGUGAAUUUGCCAAUGUGAACAACCAUGUCCCAUAAGGCUCUUCCUGUAAACAGCUUCAAAAAAUACCCUGAAAUGUAAGCUAUGUGCUUGCCUUAUACAUGAUUCAGUCCAGAAAUUCCAGUCCUAAAGUGCAGUGUCCAUUUAACAUCUAAUUUACCUGUAAUUUCUUAUCCACUGUUUUAUCAAAGCAUGUGUCUUGAAAGAGAGACUUUUGUUCUUGAAUAUUUAAAUAUUUUGAUGUUUACUAAAGGUUUUUGUGAGGUUUUCUUUUGUUAUUGUUGGUUUGAGGUUUUUUUUUAAAUCCAAAUUGGGGAAUUUCCUGGUUGUGACUAAUAUACACGAAUCAAUGGCAAUCACUUUGUGUCAAAAAAAGGUUUUUUUCCAUUGCUUAUGUUAUUAAAACAUAAAGUCUGAGUCAGAAAUGUGGAACAUAAUUGAUAUAGCCAACUGAGUUACUUUGUACUUACUCUUUUAUCCUACUCUUUUUCAAUUUCACCUCUUAAGCCAAGGAUCUUGUUCUAGUGGGUAGGCAGAAUCCAGCUAACAGGCAUCUCCAAAAGAAACCGAGGGAAUAUUUUAAUAAACAAGAUAAUAGAUAAAAGGACCUGAUACAGUCAUGGGCAAAUCUUAGAGUGGCAUCCGUGCUGGCAGCAGAUAAGAUUUACAGCAUAGAGUGUGACUACAGCUAUACCUGCAGAAUAGGGAGAAAGGACAAAAUUUACCUUUGGAAGGGGCAUUGUGAUAAACCUGUGAGCUUGUGCUGCAGAGCAGGAAGGUGAAACAGAGUUUGACAUUCAGACUGACCUUAGCCCAGGAAAUCCUGCAUGGUUUGGGUGGCUAUAAUCUAUAUCACAGGAGCAAUACAUGUCACAGUUACCUGGUUAGGGAGGAUUCCCUGUUGCUAGAGAACAUUCACACUGUAUAUCCUCAACAAGGGAAACAGAUAUGGCCUUGGGGACAAGGAUCCCUUCCUUUUCAGCUCUCAGGCUGACUCCUGUCAUCACCUCAGGCAUGUCAGAUAAUCCUGUGCCUUCAGUUUCUUUGCUUUUGUGUGGAAAUGCCAUUAACUCAAGAGGUACCACAACUACUUGUGAUGUUCAUGCUCCACUGUCAAUAAUUGUUAGAAUCUCUGACUCUCCUGACAGUGAAGGUAAUGUUCCCAUGUUUAGUAUUUCAUCUUCCACAAUGAGGCAACUUUGGCUGACUUCUGACACUCUUUCAUGAAGAGGUGUGAACUCCUUCUCCCUUUCCAAUGAGCAUUUAGGAUGGGUGGGUAGACAGGGAGGGGGUGCAUUGCCUGGGGAGCUGGACUGCAAUACCUAUUUCAGCAUUUGCAGAAUAGAACCUUAGUCCUGGCAAUUAUAGAUUAUUUUCUUAAAACAUAGAAUUGGCUUAGGGCCAUAAAGCCUUACCUAGAAAUGCUUUUGGGAAUACCUUAAACCGGUAAUG